AUGUCGGUCUUCUCAUCCUACACCAACCGGUUGCAAGAUGGCAGGGUAGCCCUUGCCGCAGCUGCCGGCACUGCCUCGCUCCUCUACCUCAUCUCGAACGCCCGUCUGCGCGCCAACUACCCCAAGAUCCUCAAAGCCCCCGCCAAGAUCCACGACCCUCCUUACCCUGCCGACAUCUUCCCCAACGGCGUCGACCUCCAGACCCCCUACGGCGUCAUCCGCUACUACGAGUUCGGCCCUGAGGACGGCAAGAAGCUCCUGUUCGUCCAUGGCAUCUCCACGCCCUCGCCCGCAUGGAGCCUCAUCGCGCCGCACCUCAUCAAGGCGGGCUACCGCAUCCUGUGCUUCGACCUGUUCGGUCGUGGCUACUCCGACUCGCCUCAAGUGACGCACGAUGCGGCGCUCUUCGUCUCUCAGAUCACCCUCCUUCUCGCCCAUCUGCCGCACUGGGACAAGUUCGAUCUGUGCGGCAUGUCGCUCGGCGGACCCAUUGCGGCGCACUUUGCGCACUACUACCCGAACCGCGUCGACCGUCUCGUACUCCUUUGUCCCGCAGGUGGAACACCGAACAAGGACCUGCGUCCCGCUGUCAAGCUCAUCCGCUCGCACCUCCUCCCCAACUUCAUCCUCCGCCGUCUGCUUCGCUUCGUACCCCUCCUCCCCACCCCACCCAAAGGCUCCCUCGCAUGGUGGCAGGCGCAGUACCAUCCCGGCUACCGCUUCUCCUUCACCUCCAGUCUGCAGGACGGACCCAUCUUCAACGCGCACGAAGUGCACCGUGCUGUGGUGGCCAAAUUUGGUUCGAGACUGAGGGUGAUCUGGGGCGACAAGGACGACGUGGUCCCCAUGAACACCGCCAAGUACUUUGGCCAGAUCGAUCUCGCCGUCAUCCCCGACGCUGGGCAUUUCAUUGUUCUCACCCACCCCGAGGCCACGGCGCAGCACACGCUCGAUUUCUUGGGUGCCGGCAAAUGA